AUGAUUCAUGCCGAGGAGACUCCAUCAGUAAAUGUACCUGGUUCUGGUACCUCGACUGUUGCCGAUGAGUUGGAACAAAUUUUGAAUUCGCAAGAGAGUACUGGAGAGCAACAUCAAUUCCAAGCCGAAAUUAAUCAAUUACUAGGAAUCAUUAUCAACUCACUCUACUCGAACAAGGACAUUUUCUUGAGAGAAUUAAUUUCCAAUGCCUCUGACGCUCUCAACAAGAUUCGAUUCUUGAGCUUGACUGAUCGAAAGGCUCUCGAAUCCAAUCCAAAUCUUGAAAUCCGUAUUUGGGCCGAUCCAAAGGCUAACAUUCUCAAGAUCCGAGACACUGGUAUUGGUAUGACCAAGCAAGAUUUAAUGCAAAAUUUGGGAACCAUCGCCAAGUCCGGCACUAAAGCUUUUAUUGAAAAGCUUCAAAAGGAAGCAGCUUCGUCUUCUCCUGAUAAUUCUCUGAUUGGCCAAUUCGGUGUUGGUUUUUACAGUGUUUUUUUGGUUGCCUCAAAAGUUGCAGUCACUACCAAGCACAACGAUGACAAGCAAUAUAUUUGGACUAGUACUGCUGACAAUACUUUCACCAUUGUUGAAGAUCCAAGAGGUGACACAUUGGGACGAGGUUCCGAAUUGACCAUCUAUUUGAAGGAUGACGCUAAAGAAUAUGCCACUGUAUCCAAAUUGAAGGAACUCAUUAAGAAGUAUAGUAGUUUCAUUCACUUCCCAAUUUAUUUGCAUGAAGUGAGAACUGAAUUUGAAGAAGUGCCAGUCGAGGAAGAAACUGCCUCUGCUCAAACUGAAAGUGAGACCAAGCCAACUGAAGAUGAAACCAAGGAAGAAGUCAAGGUUGAGGAAGAAUCCAAGACAACUCCAGAAAAGAAGACCAAGAAGGUUGAGAAGACUGUUGAGGAAUGGAACAUUAUGAAUGAACAAAAACCAUUGUGGUUGAGAUCUCCAUCCAACAUUACUGAUGAGGAAUAUAUUCAAUUCUAUAAGGCCAUGACUGGUGCCACUGAAGAUCCAUUGUUCUGGGAAUUGUUCAGUGCUGAAGGUCAAGUCGAAUUCAAGUCACUUCUCUAUUUCCCAUCUAAGGCUCCAUUCAACAUGUUUGAUUUUACUCAAAAAUCGAAUAACAUCAAGUUGUACGUGAAGAGAGUGUUCAUUACUGAUCAAGCUGUUGAAGAAUUGUUACCACGUUAUUUGAACUUUAUUAAGGGUUUGGUUGACAGUGAGGAUUUACCUCUCAAUGUCUCACGUGAAACUCUUCAACACAGCAAAUUGUUGGCCAUGAUUAGAAAGAAGUUGUUGGCAAAGGCUAUUCAAAUUAUGAAUGAAUUGUCUGAAAAGGAUAAGACUGAAAGAAAGGAACGAAAAGAAAAGAAGGAAGAGGAGCAAGAGAAGAAGGAAGAAAAGAAGGAAAAGACUCUCACCAAGUAUGAACAAUUCUGGAAGGAAUUUGGGAAGAAUGUUAAAUUGGGAGUUAUUGAGGAUGACAGAAAUCGUAACAAACUUGUCUCAAUGUUGCGUUUCACUACUUCCAAGUCUACUGAUGAGGCUAUUAGUUUGGAAGAAUAUGUCGAGAGAAAGAAGGAAAAUCAAGAACAAAUUUACUUUGUCACUGGUCAAGAUAUGAAGGAAGUUGAAAGUUCUCCACUCUUGGAAGAAUUCAAGAAGAGAGAUUUGGAAGUGAUUUACAUGAUUGAUCCACUCGAUGAAUACAUGGUUCAACAACUCAACGAAUUUAAAAAGCUGAAAUUGCAAAAUAUUGCCAAGGAAGAUGUCAAAUUCCCUAACGAAGAUGAGGAACAAAAGAAGAAGGAAACCGAGGAAUUGACAAAGGAAUAUGACAGUCUCAUUUCUGUCAUGAAUUUGUUGUUGAAGGAAAAGGUUUCAAAGGUCACCAUUAGCCGAAGAACUUCAAAUGCUCCAGCCAUUCUCGUUGCCUCGUCCUUUGGUGUUUCUGCUAACAUGGCACGUAUCAUGAAGGCUCAAGCUUUGGGACAAGAACAAUCUCACAUGGAUUGGAUGAUGAAAUUGAGAACUAUUGAGCUCAAUGCCAAUCACCCAAUGGUUCAAAACAUGAAUAAUCUUUUGAAGAACAAUAUUAAUGACAAUACUCUCACUGAAGCUAUCACUCUGUUAUACGAUACUGCUUCCUUGAUUUCUGGUUAUGAUUUGGAAGAUAAGAAGGCCUUCACUGAUCGUUUGGUCAAUGUUGUGACUGCUGGCUUGUCCUAUAAGAAUGCUCAAGCUGAAAAGAAGGGCCCAUCCGUAGAGGAAGUGAAAGCAACAGAGGUUCCUUCAGAGAAGGAUGAACUUUAA